AUGUCGAAGCCCAACCUCCGACGUCAGUAUGUUCAGGAUUUGAGACGGGCGCCCCACCGGGAUCGUUUUCAAAACGUCCUGGCCUGCAAGUUUGGGCAGCACCAUUACUGGUCGAAGCGCGAGUUGGAAAAGCUCAACUGCUACGAGCACCUCGCCCCCGUUGUCACCAACAAAUACUGGCGCCGCCUGCUCAGCAUCCGCGCGACGGUUUACCAUGAGCUCGUGCUUGAGUUCUACACCACCUUCAGGCACGCAGCCACAGAUGAUUGGAAGGAUGAAGCUGCAGUCCAGUUCCGACUCGGGGGUGAACCAUGCUCUAUGAGUUACGACGAGUUGGCGGACGCCCUGGGCCUCAACUUGGUAAAUGACAGGAACUUCAUCACAGAGGUCGCCGGGCCAGUAGGGGUGGACUUCGGGAGGCUGUACUACAGCCUCGCCCGGCCACGUCAGCUUCCCUUCAAGGCGGGCAAGACGAAGGCCACCACAUUGCAGCUCGAGAACCGUCUCCUCCAUCACCUGCUGGCCAAGUCUUACACCCCAGCCUCAGACAGUGCCAGCGCCAUCACCAAGAGAUCUCUGUACUUCAUUCAGUCGAUGCGCCAGAGAGAUCAUCCCCUACACUUGGGCUCGGUGGUGGCACGGACCUUCGAGAAGAGUGCGUCUGAGCUGAAGAGACUACACUGCACUCCUCUCAUCACCUGCCUGGCAGAGUAUUUCCAGAUAUCCCUGCAGGGAUGCACGGAGCAGGGAGCGACCACUCCCUUUGGCCGGGCUACGCUCACCAAGAUGCUCCUGCUUCGAGAAGACCGAGGAGUCACGUGGAUCGAGGGGUUCCCUCCACCUCAGAUUCCAGAGGCGGUCCAGCAGGAGGUUCCAGAGGGUGCAGCGGAUGAGGAGGUCCAGCCCGAGGACGUGGAUGACACUGCCGCCCGCCCCACCACCUUCGAGCACGGGGGCAGCAGUUCCAGUUUCCCGGGGCAGGAUUACUUCACCUCCCAGUUCGAGCAGCUGCGUCUCCAGAACCAGCAGAUCAUCGACCAUCAGCUGCAGUUCCAGCAGCAGUACGCGGCUCACCAGGCCGAGUAA